AUGAGCACGAGCUCCCAGGACAGCGGAAACAAGGGCUCGAGCGCUCCGGUCUCCAGCUUCACCAUCCGCUCCAUCCUGGGCACCGUGACCGAGCCGGUCCUUCACCCAGCGGACCCGGAGCCGGAGCGGAAGCGCGCUCUCUCGGUGUCCUGUUCUGAGGAUGAGGGGAGCGGGGGAGAGGAUUCCUGCUGCUGCUGCACAGAACCGGGAUUACCGGAACCGUGUGACCGGCACCGCGGGCUGAUUUACCCCUGCACCGGUACUAGUAAGGCGCGUCCUCCUGAGAGACCGGAAGUACCUGAUCGCCGGUCCCAUCAGAUCACUCAGUCCCUGUUAGCGGAUUACCGGCAGGACCACCCGCGGGAUCCGGAGCGCGCCUGCGGGGGCCUCGUGUCCCCGGUUUCGGCGGAGUCGCAGCGGGAGGUCGGAGGGCUGAAACACACCGGUGGAGGUGACCAGGGCGGCGGCGGCGGCGGAGCGAGCAGUAAGAAGAAGACGCGCACGGUGUUCUCGCGCAGCCAGGUGUACCAGCUCGAGUCCACGUUCGACGUGAAGCGCUACCUGAGCAGCUCGGAGCGCGCGUGCCUGGCCUCGAGCCUGCAGCUGACCGAGACCCAGGUGAAGACCUGGUUCCAGAACCGGAGGAACAAGUGGAAGCGCCAGCUCUCCGCCGAGCUCGAGGCCGCCAACGCCGCGCACGCGCACGCCCUGGUCGGUGUGCCGCUCGUGCUGCGGGAGAACUCGCUGCUGCGCGUGCCCGUGCCCCGGUCCAGCAUCGCGUUCCCGAUGCCGCUGUAUUACCCGGGCAGUAAUUUACCCUCUCAUUUACCCCCCCUGCCCCUGUACAGCCUGUAUAAUAAAGCCGAGUACUGACCGGGACCUGCACUGGGACUGAGACUGGAACUGGGACUGCAGUAUUCACCCUCAUUCACAUGAUUAACAUUAUUAUUACUAUAGUAAAUAAACCAGAAUCAUGUAUUUAUAUCCACACACACAAAACCCCAAAAUCACCUCUGAUUCUGCACUGAUAAACAAACCUGAGUGUAAAUCAGCAGAACUAUAAACACACCGUG